AUGCGCCGCGUCGUCGUGACCGGCCUAGGCGCCAUCACCCCACUAGGCGUGGGCAUCCGCCGCACCUGGCAGCGUCUCCUGGCCUCCGAGUCCGGACUCGUCAGCGUAGCCCACCGCGGCCGAGACGCCGUCGAGCAGGCCAAAUGGCGCGAGCUGACUAGCACCGUAGCCGGUGUUGUGCCUGUCCCGGUAUCUUCUGAUGCCUCGUCUGAUACCCCUCCCGAAGCUGCUUCGGCUGGACCCGAAGGGCGAGACGGCCUCUGGCGGCCGUCGGAAUGGUUAGGAGCUUCGGACCAGCGCCGGAUGUCUACGUUUGCGCAGUAUGCGGUCGCAGCGUCGGAGAUGGCGCUGGUGGAUGCCGGGUGGCGGCCGACGGGGGAGGAGGAAAGGGAGAUGACGGGGGUGUGUUUGGGGAGUGGAAUUGGGAAUCUCGAGGACUUCUAUGACACCAGUGUUGCGUUUAAGAAGGGGGGCUACAAAAAAGUCUCCCCCCUCUUCGUCCCCAAGAUCCUAAUCAACCUCGCGGCCGGGCACAUCGCCAUGCGCUACGGCCUCCGCGGCCCCAACCACGCCGCCACCACCGCCUGCACAACCGGCGCCCACUCCCUCGGCGACGCCUCCCGCUUCAUCGCCUUCGGCGACGCCAACGUCAUGCUCGCCGGCGGCGCCGAGUCCUGCAUCCACCCGCUCACCCUCGCCGGCUUCGGCCGCUCCCGCUCGUUAUCCACCACCUUCAACCACGACCCCCGCGCCAGCUGCCGACCCUUCGACGCCCACCGCGAUGGGUUCGUCGUAGCCGAGGGCGCCGCCGUGGUAGUCCUCGAAGAGCGGGAACACGCUCUCCGCCGCGGGGCCCGCGUGUACGCCGAACUGCGCGGGUACGGGUGUAGUGGAGACGCGUAUCAUAUGACGGCGCCGAGGGAAGACGGGGCGGGCGCGCUGGCGGCGAUGAGGAGGGCGUUGAGGAAUGCGGGAGUGAAGCCACGGGAGGUGGAUUAUGUGAAUGCGCAUGCGACGGGGACGCGGGUGGGGGAUAAGGCGGAGGUGGCGGCGGUGAGGACGUUGAUGAUGGGGGAGGAGGGAGUGGAUGGUGGGGAGGGGCUGGUUACGGUUAGUAGUACGAAGGGGGCGGUUGGGCAUUUGUUGGGGGCUGCGGGGGCGGUGGAGGCUGUUUUUGCUAUUUUGGCUAUUGCUGAGGGCGCCAUCCCCCCGACGCUGAAUCUGCACAACCCGGAUGUCGGUGUCGGGUUCAACUUUGUGCCGCGGGAGGCCCAGCAGAAGAAGGUCCGGGUGGCGGUGUCGAAUAGCUUUGGGUUUGGCGGGACGAAUGCCUCCGCCGGCUUCGGCCGGCUCCCAAAGAGGAUAUCGCAGCAUGGUGUCGACUCCCUGAUCCCCCCACGGCGAGCGUUCUCGACAACCAUCCCGACAACACCAAGCACAACCCCGCGACCAACCACAAUACCAAACACACCACCAUCACCAACAAUCCCCCGAAAUACCCGCCCCCUCCACACAACCCCCCCACUCAACGCAUCCCUCGGCUCCCUCCUCCAAGACCGUCUCCGCUCCGCCCUCGGCGGCAUCAGCAGCUCCAACACCAACAGCUACCUCGUCUACGGCCGCACCGAGACGCUUUACAAAAUCUGCGCGGCACCCGCCGACUACACCAUCGAUGAGGGCGCACGGAAAGCCGGGACGUUACAGACUACUGAGGAGGGGGAGGAGAUUGGGACGGGGGUGGUGCCGGGGGGGGUUUGGCAUGAUGACCUCGCCCUCCUCCCAACUUUCUCAACCUGGGCACACGUAACCAUGCUCCACCUCUACCUCCUCGUCGUCCGUCUCCGCGCUCUCGACAGCCCCACGCACCAAGCCUGGCAAACACCCCUGGUCAACCACUUCUUCUACGCAGCCGAACUCAAAAUGGAAGACGUCCACGGCCUGACCUCGCGCAUGAUCCGGCAGACAUAUCUCAAGGAUCUCUUCGUGCAGUGGCGCGGGGUGUUGCUGGCGUAUGAUGAGGGCCUGGUGAAAGGGGACGCGGUGUUGGCUGCGGCGGUGUGGCGGAAUCUGUUUAAGGCGCGGGAGGAUGUGGAUGUGAGGGUUUUGGCGGGGGUUGUGGGGUGGAUGAGGGAGGGGGUAAAGACUUUAGGAGGGAUGAAAGAUGAAGAGGUGUUGGCGGGGGAAGGGGGGGCGGCGAUGUUUGGGGAUUUGAGGAGGGUGUUGGGGGGUGUGGAUCGGCCGGUGUCGGCUUUGGGGGGUGUUUUCAAGCAGGGGGGACUGGCUAAGUGA